AUGACGGACGCUUCCAAGUAUAAGAAGCUCACCCCGAUCGACCAUGUCCUCCUUCGGCCGGAGAUGUACGUGGGCAGCAUCGAGACCCAGCCCACGUCCAUGUACAUUUUCGAUCCGGAGAAGGGCAAGAUGGUGUGGGAAACGAUGCGGGUGAACCAAGGCCUCUUGAAGAUCGUGGACGAAAUAUUGCUCAACGCGGCGGACAACAUCACCAACAGUAAGGGAUCGGUGCGGCAGACGUACAUCAGCAUCAACAUCUCCGACACGGGCGAGAUCACGGUCGAGAACGACGGCGCCGGCCUCCCCAUUGUGCGUAGCAGGGAGCACAAGAUGUACAUCCCGGAGAUGGUGUUUGGCCACCUGCUGACCAGCUCCAACUAUAACAACGACUCGACGUCGACGACAGCGGGUCGGCACGGCUACGGCGCCAAGCUGACGAACAUUCUCUCCACGAAGUUCUCCGUCGUCUGCCGCACUGACGGCCGAGAGUUCCACAUGAGCUGGACGGACCACAUGCGGAUGGCGACGGCGCCGCGCGUGAAUCGAGUCGAUCCGAAGGAGAAGAACGUGACACGCGUGAAGUUCAUGCCAGACUAUGCGCACUUUGGCUUCCCAAGCGCGUCCAUCUCGCUCGACAUGAAGCGGGUGCUGCACAAGCGCAUCAUGGACCUCGCCGCGAUGUUCUCCAAGAUCGAGGUGCGGCUGAACAACGUGCCCUUCGGCUUCCGCUCAUUUACCGACUACGCGCGGCUCUACUCGCUGUCCGGCCUGGACGGGUCGAUGCCGCCUGAGCCGUUUGUGUACACAAGCUCUAACGGCAGCGUCGCGUAUGUGCCGCAGCUGACGCAGAGCCCGAAGCGCAUCGUCAGCGUCGUGAACGGCGUCGUCACGUACAAUGGCGGCACGCACUGCAACGCCGCCAUGGACAUCCUAGACUCCUGCCUUGAUUCGCUGAGCAAGAAUUUCAAGAAGAACGGCAAGGUGGUGGACACAAACCGGGUGCAGCGACACUUCACGGUGCUCGUCUUCCUCGUGCAGGCGCAGCCGAAGUUCGACUCGCAGAGUAAGGCGCGGCUCGUGUCAACAGUAACGAUGCCGCGCGUACCGAAGAACACGUUGGAGAAGUACCUUGAGAGGAUGCCGUUCCUGGAGGCGCACGUGAACAGCAUGGACGACCAGCUCACGAAUGAACUGAACAAGGAGAUCGGCGCCGGCCGGCGGCUGAGCAGCAAGACUCUCAUAUCCUCCAUCACGAAGCUCGUCGACGCCACCUCGUCGCGGUCAGACGGCAGGAACAUCCGCACGCUCAUCAUUACAGAGGGUGACUCUGCGAAGGCGCUCGCCCUCAACUCGCUCUCCAGCGAGCAGAAGAAGUACUGUGGUGUCUUCCCACUGCGUGGCAAGCUGCUGAACGUGCGGAACAAGAAUCUGAAGCGGCUCAAGACGUGCAAGGAGCUGCAAGACCUCUUCCUCUCGCUAGGGUUGGAGCUGGGUAAGGAGUACCGAACGCUGGCUGAGCUGCGCUAUCAGCGGCUUCUCGUCAUGACGGAUCAAGACGCGGAUGGUUCGCACAUUAAAGGCCUCGUCAUCAACGCCUUCGAGUCGCUGUGGCCGAAGCUGCUGCAGAACAACCCGGGCUACAUCUCCCUCUUCUCAACCCCCAUUGUGAAGAUCAAGGUGAACGGCAAGUCCAAGGAGGUGAUCGCCUUCCACAGCUUCCGCGACUUCCACCGCUGGCAGCGGGCCCACCCGAGUGCGCGCUACACGGCCAAGUACUACAAAGGUCUCGGCACGUCGACCACGGCGGAGGGCAAAGAGUAUUUUGCGGACAUGGAGAAGAACAUCAUGCAGCUCACUGUCGACGCGAGGGACCACCAGCUGCUCGAUAGCGUCUUCGACGCGGCCGAGGUGGAGUGGCGCAAGGAGUGGAUGACGAAGGCAAACGCCUUCCAGGGCGAGAUUGAUAUCGAUCGAAGCAAGAAGAUGCUGACUAUUCCGGAGUUUGUGCACAAGGAGAUGGUGCACUUCGCGCUCGUCGGCAACGCCCGCGCCAUCCCGCAUUGCGUCGACGGGCUGAAGCCGUCGCAGCGCAAGAUUUUGUGGGCAAUGCUGCGGCGCCACAGCUCCGAGGCGUCGAAGGUGGCGCAGCUGUCGGGCUACAUCUCAGAGGCGUCGGCGUUCCACCACGGCGAGGCCUCGCUGCAGGAGACCAUCGUGAAGAUGGCGCAGAACUUCACUGGGGGCAACAACAUCAACCUGCUCGUGCCAGAGGGUCAGUUCGGCUCUCGACAGCAGCUCGGCAGCGACCACGCUGCCCCGCGCUACAUUUUUACGAAGCUCAGCCGCUUUGCCCGCCUGCUGUUCCCCGAGGAGGAUGACCCACUCCUGGACUACAUGGACGAAGAGGGUACGUUCGUGGAGCCGCACCACUACGUUCCCAUCCUGCCGAUGCUGCUGUGUAACGGUGCGGUCGGCAUCGGCUUCGGCUUCGCCACGACGAUCCCAGCAUUCCACCCGCUCGACGUCUCGGCCGCGGUGCGAGCCAUGAUCAACGGCGAGUCGGCCAAGCAGGUGAUGCGCAACCUCGUGCCGUGGGCGGUGGGCUUCCAGGGCACGGUGCGGCGCGGCCCCGACAACGAGUUCAUCGCGGUGGGCAAGUACACAGCGCACCCAAAUGGUCGCUUCCAUAUUUCGGAAAUUCCGUGGAUGACGAGCAUUGAAGCGUUCCGCCUGCACAUCUCGUCCCUCGCCAGCGCGGAUGUUGUGCAACGCAUCGCCGACUACUCUGGCGCCAACCACAUCGACAUCGACCUCAUCGUGCGCGAAGGCUCGCUGACGACAUGGGCGGAGUGCGAAACAGACCUAGCACUGGCGCAGCGUAUCUACAUCAACGGCACCGUCUUCUCGCCCACCGGCACGCUUAGCCCGAUCGACUCAGACCUCUCGCCGGUGCUGCAGUGGCACUACGACCGUCGCCUUGACUUGUACAAGCGCCGCCGCACCCGCAAGAUCGGGCUCAUGGAGAUGGAUCUCGCCCGUCUGCAGUCGACGCGCAAGUUCGUCGAGCACUUCCGGCAGGGCCAGAUCGACUUCCUGAAUGCAACAGACGACACGCUGCACAAGACAUGCGUGAAACUCGGCCUCGUGCGCGUGGACGAGAGCUUCGACUACAUCUUGAAGAAGCCUAUCACCUUCUUCACCCGCACGAGCACCGAGAAACUCCAGGCGGACAUAGCCAAGACGCAAGCGCAGAUCGAGGAACUGAAGAGGACGACGCCGGUGAAGAUGUGGCUGACGGAGCUCGACAAGUUCGACAAGACAUUCCAGGAGUACGAGCGCGUGCUCAUCAACUCGAUUCAGAAGGAGCAACGCUCGUCUAGCAUCACGGGCGGGGUAGAGCUGCCGGCGCUUCGGCAGCCUCUGCUGAUGCUGGAGGCGUCUGCAAAGGGCGCGACGGCGUACCGCGUGCACGCCUGCCAGUACGAGAAGCCGCCGCCGAGCAAGCGCCGCCCUGGGGAGUCCGUCGGCGGCACUAGGUCGUCGGAUAGCGCUGCGCGCGGUGUGGGGAAGCGGCUGGUCGGCUCACGCGCAGUAUUGAAGAACAAGAAGCCGGUGAGCAGGAAGAGCAACGUCAAGGUGAGCCUAUCGACGCGGGUGGCGCAGUUUGCCGGCGCGCAACUCGGUCGUCUGCUGCCCCACAUUUUGCUGUAA